CGGCAGCGGCGACGCAAUCGAUUGAUGUCGAAUUCAUCGGCUUGUCCACAAAGAAAGCGGGAUGUCUUUCUCUGCCUAGUUCCGGACCGAGAGAAGCCAGCAACAACCAGGAACGCCCGCGCUUCUCGGGGGAGCUCCAAGGCGGCAAGCGUUUUAAACAUAUGCGAAGAAUGCGGUUUUUCUAUAAUCCGGGCCGCCCGGCAACGCUGACACCCACGAGCAAUGCGAACGGUCGCUCUAUUAUUCUGGCGAUUACCAAAUGUGUACCUGGGAUUGGUCAGUCUCGCUCGAACCUGCGACCCCCUUCGGGAACGCUAGAGUUCGCCGCGUGCGACCCCGAUGCUUUGCAAUGCUAAAGCUGGUGCCAGGGGGGCCUGCCAUCGCUGCGAUGAUGUCUCCCGAGCGAAUGUCGGCGAUCGGCCCAUUCAUUACUUCAGGUCUCAGGGCGCCCCCUCAGAUCCCAUUCAAAAGGUCGAAAUAGCGCGCAAUAGAUGCGCUCAGCUCCACCGCUCGGCCGCGGCCGCCUUCGCCGCAGAACGCGUCCGCGAAGUAGCAGAGCGGGAUGCCUCCGCGGCCCCUGGGUGGUGGCCUGGUCUGCGCGGGCAUCGAGAUGCCCUCGGGCCCCCUCUCGUAGUCGGCCGCGCGGUUGAGCUGCCGCUGGGGGUGAGCGACGCCGAGCGGCUCAGCCUUGCAACCUUCUCGUACCCCGCCGCCGACUUGACU